AUGACGGACGAGGACUCUGAGACCUCUGCCUCCGAGGUGCAAGCCCAGGAUGAGAGCGAGCUGCCUGUUAUCCAGCUGUGCGGGCUGGUGGAAGAGCUCAGCUAUGGGAACUCUGCUCUCAAAACUGAGACAGAGAUGUUUGAAAAAUAUUACAAUAAAUUGGAGCCCAGGGACCAGCGACCUCCACGAUUAUCCGAAAUUAAAAUAUCAGGAGCAGAAAUUGCACAGUUACGAGGCAGGCGUAAAUCCAAAUCCCGUGUAGGUCUGGAACGUGUGCCAGGCCUCAGCGUGGACCAAAAAUGCGAGCUUGUGCAAAAAGAGCUGGAAGACACAAAGGAUGAAAUAAGACACAUGAGGGCAAAUGCUGAGAGAGACCUGCAGCAUCACGAGGCUAUCAUUGAGGAAGCUGAAAUUCGAUGGACCGAAGUUCAGAGAGAAGUGCAUGAGUUUGAAAAAGAUAUUCUAAAGACCAUAUCCAAGAAGAAAGGGAGUAUUUUGGCCACUCAGAAAGUGAUGAAAUUCAUUGAGGAUAUGAACCGCCGGAGGGAUAAUAUGAAGGAUAAAUUACGUUUGAAAAAUGUUUCUCUCAAAGUCCAGAGGAAAAAGAUGCUUUUACAGUUAAGGCAGAAGGAAGAGGUGGGCGAGGCCCUCCACGAUGUUGACUUUCAGCAGCUGAAGAUCGAGAAUGCUCAGUUUUUAGAGAUGAUUGAAGCAAGGAAUCGAGAACUGAUCCAGCUGAAGCUGGCAUCCGGAAACACCCUGCAGAUCCUCAACGCGUACAAAAGCAAGCUACACCGAGCCAUGGAAACGUCCCUCAAUCUGGACAAGGAGCUCUUGCUGAGAAAAGAGUUACUUGAAAAAAUCGAAAAAGAAACCCUACAAGUAGAGGAGGACCGAGCCAAGGCCAUGGCUCUGAACAAGCAGCUCCGGAAGCAGCUGUCUGAGUUCCGAGCGCCACAGGUGAUGCUGUACGUCCAGGAGAAGAUCCGAAACGGGGACCUGGAGAAGACCAUCAGGAUGUGGGAGAGGAAAGUGGAGAUCGCAGAGAUGUCCUUAAAAGGCUACCGCAAGGCUUGGAAUAAAAUGAAAACCACCAAUGAGCAGUUGCUUUGCCCCCCUGGGAAAUAGCCAGAGGGAGGCUACGGCUGCCGACCCAAAAGUGACCCAUUAAAGUAACUGGCUCCUCUCCAGUCAUGGGGUCCUCUC